AAUACGUCACAUCACAAAUGCGUACAUUUGGACAGAAAGUUCAAGAUAGAACUGAAAGAGCUGUCGAGAAAAUAAACCAGGAAUUUGUCACAGCUAUGGACGUGCUCUUGGAAGACUUCAGACCUGUUAUUGAGUAUUUGGGUAACGAACUGAUAGACAUUAAAUCACAAGCUUACACCUAUCUGAAUAAAAUCACGAAAUCUAAAUACUACAAAGUCGCCCGCACCUAUGCCAAACUUGCUUGGAAUGAAUUCUGGGAUUUGUAUGAAGUCGCUGUGGAAGAACUUGAGAAACAAAUGGAAUAUUGGCAGCAAGUUGUAUCUCAUUGGAUGGUUGAACUUCAAGUAAAAUUGGACAGUUAUAUUGAAGAGGCCAAAGAAAUCUACUCCAUAUUCGAGCAAUACCUGAUCGAUAUAGGUGAGAUGAUCGAGGAACACUACAACCUUGCCAUCGAAUACCUCUCCUUUCUGCAAGACGAUAUCAACUUACAUAUCAGUGAAUUCUUCACCAUUAUAAGAGAAUAUGUAUAUGCGAUCUCUGAAUCUCUUGACAACGCUUUCUACAAAAUGUCGCAUGUAUUUUCCUCGGACGAUCAAAGUACAGUUUACAGGUUGCUCAAGUUUCCCAAGGAUGCCUUUAAAGAGGUAGGUUUAUCGAAGACACCCUUCCGUCUAUGAAAUGAUUUGAAGAUG